AUGGAGGGGAGCCCCAUCCCGGUGCUGACGGUGCCCACGGCGCCCUACGAGGACCAGCGGCCGGCCGGCGGCGGGGGGCUGCGGCGGCCCACCGGCCUCUUCGAGGGCCAGCGCAACUACCUGCCCAACUUCAUCCAGAGCGUGCUCUCGUCCAUCGACCUGCGCGACCGCCAGGGCUGCACCAUGGUGGUGGGCAGCGACGGCAGGUACUUCGGCAGGACGGCCACCGAGGUCGUGGUGCAGAUGGCUGCGGCCAACGGGAUUGGACGACUGAUUAUUGGACAGAACGGCAUCUUGUCAACGCCUGCGGUUUCCUGCAUUAUCAGGAAGAUCAAGGCAGCUGGUGGGAUCAUCCUCACGGCCAGCCACUGUCCUGGCGGACCCGGGGGAGAGUUUGGAGUGAAGUUUAAUGUCGCCAAUGGAGGCCCUGCUCCAGAUGUUGUCUCAGACAAAAUCUAUCAGAUCAGCAAAACUAUUGAGGAAUACGCCAUAUGUCCUGAUCUUCGAAUUGACCUAUCUCGACUAGGAAGACAAGAAUUUGACCUGGAGAACAAAUUCAAACCUUUCAGAGUGGAGAUUGUGGAUCCUGUGGACAUCUAUCUCAACCUCCUUCGGACCAUCUUUGACUUUAAUGCCAUCAAGAGUCUGCUGACUGGGCCCAACCAGCUGAAGAUCCGUAUUGAUGCCAUGCAUGGAGUUAUGGGACCCUAUGUAAGGAAAGUUCUGUGUGAUGAGCUGGGGGCCCCGGCUAACUCUGCAAUAAACUGUGUCCCACUGGAAGACUUUGGUGGGCAGCAUCCGGACCCAAAUCUGACUUAUGCAACCACCCUUCUGGAAGCCAUGAAGGGAGGGGAAUAUGGAUUUGGAGCAGCCUUUGAUGCUGAUGGGGACCGGUACAUGAUCCUAGGCCAAAAUGGCUUCUUCGUGAGUCCUUCUGACUCCCUGGCCAUCAUCGCCGCCAAUCUCUCUUGCAUUCCAUAUUUCCGUCAGAUGGGAGUCCGAGGAUUUGGGCGAAGUAUGCCAACCAGCACAGCCCUAGACAAAGUGGCCAAAUCCAUGAAGGUUCCUGUCUAUGAGACCCCUGCUGGCUGGAGGUUCUUCUCCAACCUGAUGGACUCAGGGAGAUGCUCACUGUGUGGAGAAGAGAGCUUUGGCACUGGCUCUGAUCACCUCAGAGAGAAAGAUGGCCUCUGGGCUGUCUUAGUCUGGCUGUCCAUUAUCGCUGCCCGGAAGCAGAAUGUGGAGGACAUUGUACGAGAUCACUGGGCCAAAUAUGGCCGCCACUACUAUUGCAGGUUUGACUAUGAGGGGCUGGAGCCCAAGGCAACAUACUAUAUCAUGAGGGACUUGGAAGCCCUGAUCACAGACAAGUCCUUCAUUGGUCAGCAGUUUGCUGUGGGGAGCCACAUCUACAGUGUUGCGAAGACAGACAGCUUUGAAUACGUGGACCCUGUGGAUGGCACUGUGACUAAGAAACAGGGCCUGAGGAUCAUUUUCUCUGAUGCUUCACGGCUCAUCUUCCGGCUCAGUUCCUCCAGUGGCGUGCGGGCCACCAUCAGGCUGUAUGCCGAGAGCUACGAGAGGGACCCCAGCGGUCAUGACCAGGAGCCGCAGGCAGUGCUGAGCCCUCUUAUAGCCAUCGCGCUGAAAAUAUCCCAGAUCCAUGAGAGAACUGGCCGAAGGGGACCCACUGUCAUCACCUGAGCGGAGGAAAGAUCUCUCACCUGGGCCAAACAGCGCUCGGUGGGAGAAGCUUCACAAGGCCUUCUUGCUUCCUGUUUUGCCUCUUAUGACUUUGGAAAAACAAGAGUUAUUUUGCAGUUGGAGGGGGGGUGGUAAAGGGUGGGUGAGAAAAGAAAAAAAUAUUCAUUUUGUUUGGGUUUGUCCAAUUCCUCCAAAUGCAACAGGGUCUUUAGCUGUCUGUUGAAGUGUCACUAUUGCUUGAUAUCUGUAUUUCACCACAUGGGGGGGACUGAAUUGUUGGUGCCUCACAAGAAGAGAUCCAAAAACCACAAAAGACAGAGUAGUGCCAGGAUUAAACUAAGUCGUAAAGGCCCUGGAUAGGCAGAAGACCUCCCUAGCAUGGAGAGGGGCUCAACAUCCCUCCCCAGGUCAGGGCUAUCACAGGGAAAGUUUGUAAAGUGCUAGGAAUCACCUCUCUUCCAGGAACCUCCUCAUGGUCCAUGCCCCCCAGCCUCCCUGCAUCUCUGCAGCACCUUCUCACAUCUUCUAGCUUCCUACAAACCACAAUGGCACACUUCCAACGAGACAUAGGCAAUGCUGUUUUCUCUCUUUUAUUUCUUACAAAUCAUAUUAAUUUAGCUACCAAGCAGGCUGCAGCCCCUUUGAAUGCAGCCAUUAUUGAUUGUACUGUGCAUUGGGUUUCUCUUCAAUACUACAAAUGAACACAUAAAUUGCAGACUAGCCUUCCUUGGUUUUAUGCAUGAAGUUAACACGGGAGUUUGCAUAAAUUCCUCCUGGGGAGAGGAAUACCACCACGCGCACCGUCCUUUACAGUCCCACCAGGGCCCGUUUCCAUACCCUCCUUUGGAAGCAGGACUGAUCCCACUUGCAAUGGCUAUGAAAAGGAGAGGUUGAAACGCUGUGCAGACAGGACAUGUGGUGGCUGCCGAAAGGAAACAUCAGUGGGACAGUCAUGUGCCUGAUGAGAUGGGGGUGAAGCAGAGGGUCACAGAGAACUUUCUCUGCCCUACUGGGAAGGGAUCUUACAGCUCUACCAGGCUCAUCUGACUCGCUCAGGCAUGGAUGUGUUUGCUUGUUUUGCUUCCUUGGGAACUGCUGGCUCACUGGCGUCAUUGACGGAGAUGACCUAGUGCACUUUGACUGUUAAGCAAUGUAUUAUUGCUGUAGUCAAGGUCAGUGUAAGCAAGGAAACAUUCCCAGCAAGGUGUUUGUUUCCAUUUUCUAUCUGUGCUCUGUAAAAAAAAAAAAAAAAAUGGCUAGGACAUUGAGUUUUCAACAAAAGAGGAAUUCCUUAGUUCAACCUGACUUAAGGAUUAGGAAUGUCUGCUCAUUCAUUCAUUUCACUGCUUGAGCAGUUGUAGUUCUGGUCACCUAUGCUGAUAAAUGUGCCCUUUAGAAUCAUUGCAAAGAUUUUUUUUUCCAGUAUGAUGACCUGGAGGCUAUAUUUUAAAAUGGAUUAAAAAAAUGAGUUGCUCAAAAUUGUCUUUGGGAAUGAGCAAAACUUACAAUGGCACCUAUUCUUUUACUAGAACAGUCUUUAUUUCACAAUGAUAGGAAAGUGGCUUUGAGCUGAGAUUCUAAAGAAUGAUCUAUGCAAUAAUAUCACCAAUAGAAUAAACUUGGCCUUACA